AUUAAGAAAAAAAAAACUAGCCGUUAGGCUCUUCGUGUGAGGAGAAGAGCCUCUCUCCCACCUCUCUGCAACAACUCAUUGCUUUCCACUGACAAUUUGUCUCCAAAUACAAAGAUUCCGUCUCUCUCUCUCUCUCUCUCUCUAAAGUGGGAUCUUCACGUGGUGUUUCACAGAAACCCCACCUCUAAUUCACAUUACAAAACCCAAUCACUAAUGUUUUAGCUCCUGUUUCAUUGUUGCUGAAGUUCAAAUAAGAGAGUGAGAGAGAGAGGGAGAGAGAAUAGGAAAGCAAAAGCUUCUUCUUGUUUUCUGCAUUUUUGCUAUUUCUUGAGAGUUAUGGAAAAUCCAAAUACACGUUUCAUUAAUUUCUGCAGAUACCCUUUUCGAAGUUUUGCAGAUGGGAGUUGUAUUGCCAAUAAGAAGAAGGAGAAAUGGAAGAUUCAGUUGGAAUUGAAAGUACCCUUUUUGCACUAUACGCUGGUUCUUUUCUUGUUUCUUCAGCUGCUCGUUUGUGCCAUUCAACCUGUUUCAAGCCAAGAUUGGGAUGGUGUAGUUGUCACCCAAGCUGAUUUUCAAGCAUUGCAAGCCUUUAAAGCAGAGCUAGUUGACACAAAAGGGUUCUUGAAGAGCUGGAAUGAUAGUGGUUAUGGUGCUUGUUCUGGAGGUUGGAUUGGAAUCAAGUGUGCUCAAGGCCAAGUUAUUGUAAUCCAGCUUCCUUGGAAAGGAUUAGGAGGCAGGAUUACUGAUAAAAUUGGCCAACUUCAAGCACUUCGAAAGCUCAGCCUUCAUGACAAUCUCAUAGGUGGCUCAAUCCCAAAGACACUGGGAAUUAUGCCCAGUCUCAGAGGAGUUCAAUUAUUCAAUAACCGGCUUUCGGGUUCAAUCCCUCCUUCUUUAGGUUCUUGCCUUUUGCUUCAGACUCUAGACCUUAGUAACAACUCUCUCACUGGGACUAUCCCAGAGAGCCUUGCAAAUGCUACCAAGCUUUUUAGACUCAACCUGAGCUAUAAUUCAUUGUCAGGUUCCAUCCCACUUAACCUCAUUCGUUCUUCCUCUCUCAUUUUCCUUGAUCUCCAAUAUAAUAACCUCUCUGGCUCCAUCCCUGACUCUUGGGGUGUAAGACCAAACAAUGCCAACUUCUUUCAACUUCAGUACUUAACCCUUGGCCAUAACUUCCUCUCUGGAAGCAUGCCUGCUUCUCUGGGCAAGUUAAGUGAGCUCCAAGAGAUUUCCCUUAGUCACAACCAAAUCACUGGAGCCAUUCCAGUUGAAAUAGGUGGGCUCUCUAGGCUAAGAACAUUAGAUAUUUCCAACAAUGCCAUUAAUGGAAGCUUGCCUACUAGUCUCUCUAAUCUAUCCUCACUUGUUCUGUUAAAUCUCGAGAACAACAACCUUGAUAAACAAAUCCCAGAAGCUCUUGGCAGAUUGCAUAACCUUUCUGUUCUAAAUUUGAAGAGAAACCAAUUUAUUGGUCACAUUCCUGCAACAUUAGGAAACAUUUCCACAAUCACACAACUUGAUUUAUCACAGAACAAGCUCAGUGGAGAAAUCCCAGAUUCCCUAGACAACCUACAAAAUCUUGUUUCUUUCAAUGUUUCUUACAAUAACCUCUCUGGUCCUGUUCCUACUCCUCUAUCCCAAAAAUUCAAUUCAAGUUCUUUUGUAGGUAAUAUUCAAUUAUGUGGAUUUAAAGGUGCAGCUCCAUGUCCUUCUCAAGCACCUUCCCAGAGUGUCCCAGCUCCACCACCAGAGAAGCCCAAAAAACAACAUCGUAAACUGAGUACUAAAGACAUAAUUCUCAUUGCUGCCGGAGCUCUUCUCAUUGUGCUAAUUGUACUUUGCUGCAUUCUACUCUUUUGCUUGAUAAGGAAAAGGGCAGCAUCGAAAGCAAAUGAUGGUCAAGCCACAGCGAGGGCUGCUGCAGCAGCAGGAGGUGGAAAGGGAGCCCCACCAGUCGCUGGUGAAGUUGAAUCCGGUGGAGAAGCUGGAGGGAAACUAGUCCAUUUUGAUGGGCCCUUAGCUUUUACAGCAGAUGAUCUCUUGUGUGCAACUGCGGAAAUUAUGGGAAAGAGCACUUAUGGGACUGUCUAUAAGGCCACGUUAGAGGAUGGGAAUCAAGUUGCAGUGAAAAGACUAAGAGAAAGGGUCACCAAAAGCCAGAGAGAAUUCGAAACCGAGGUUAAUGCUCUUGGUAAAAUCAGACACCCAAAUCUUUUAGCUUUGAGGGCUUAUUAUUUGGGACCUAAAGGAGAGAAGCUUCUUGUUUUUGACUACAUGCCUAAAGGAAGUCUUGCAGCUUUCCUACAUGCUAGAGGACCUGAUACACCCAUUGAUUGGCCAACAAGAAUGAGGAUAGCACAGGGCAUGACAAGGGGCUUGUUCUAUCUUCACAAUCACGAGAACAUAAUGCAUGGAAACCUUACAUCAAGCAAUGUUCUACUUGAUGAGAACGCAAAUGCGAGAAUUGCAGAUUAUGGGUUAUCUAGGCUAAUGACAACUGCUGCAAAUACUAAUGUAAUUGCAACCGCAGGUGCAUUAGGCUAUCGAGCACCUGAGCUUUCAAAGCUUGAGAAAGCAAACACGAAAACAGACGUAUACAGCCUUGGAGUGAUCAUAUUGGAACUUCUUACGGGGAAGUCUCCAGGAGAUGCGAUGAAUGGCGUGGAUUUGCCUCAAUGGGUUGCUUCUAAUGUCAAAGAGGAGUGGACUAAUGAAGUUUUCGAUUUGGAAUUGAUGAAGGAUGCACCUACAAUAGGUGAUGAAUUGCUGAACACAUUGAAACUAGCUUUGCAUUGUGUUGAUCCGUCUCCCUCAGCAAGACCUGAGGUUCAACAAGUCCUUCAUCAACUAGAAGAGAUUAGACCGGAGACUACUGCUGCUGCCAGUUCCGGGCCUUCUGGAACUGGCGAUGGUGCCGGAGUUCCCUCAAUCAGUGACUAAGCAAGCAAUUCCAGGAAGAAAGAUGUGUAUUUUGGUGGCAAAGAGAGAUUAGGAAAUACAGUAGAGUACAAAUUCUUUCAUUCUUAAGUGUUUGGUUUUGAGCGUUAAAUUUCAUGUCUGUAAAUACAUGUUUGUUUGAAUCUAUUUAAGAAUUUUAAUUUUUGCUUCAA